AUGACACCUGAAGAGACAAAAGAGCUGCUUCUGCAUAAUAGGGCAAAUGAAGCCUGUAAUGAUUGUAUCUGCAAAACAGAACUACAGAACCGCAAUUCUCUGAUAGUCUCACAAGCAGUAAAUAGAGGCAUAUUUACUGCAAAUCUUUCACCUGCUACCAAGAGAAUAUGCUUGAUGUUGGGUGAAGAGGAUGAACCCCAAACCCCACAACUCUUCACUGAACUAGAUGAACUUUUUUUUGACAAUAAGAAACAAUUGCAAUGGAAGGAAACAGCAAGGUGGAUAAAGUUUGAGGAAAAAAUUGAAGAAAGCGCUGAAAGAUGGAGCAAACCUCAUGUGACCACAUUGCCCUUACACAGUUUAUUUGAGCUACGUACCUGCAUUGAAAGGGGAACACUUCUGUUUGAUUUAGAAGCAAACAAUUUUAAAGAAAUAUUAGAGAUAAUAGUCAACAGUGAAAUGUCAACUGGCAAUCUGAAAAAUGUGCUCAAGGAAAAGGUCAUGUACGUCCUUCUUAGGAAUCACAAGCAUCAUAUAAAGAAGUGCAGAAUGCAGACCAUGCUCGAUCUGUGGAGGAAUGCUUCCUGUGCAAAUAAAUCUGCUCCCUUGAAUUCUAGCACAACUGUGGACUUCACAAAUGAAAUCUCAGAGAAACCUCUCCAGGAACAGUUGAAAAAUACUUUCAAGAAGCAGAUCCCUGAAGGUGCUGAAGCUGCAAAUGUGCUUGUGGGUGAAGUAGAUUUUUUGGAGAAGCCAUUUGUUGCCUUUGUACGAUUAAAGCAGGCUAUGAUCCUAGGGGCUCUUACGGAGGUUCCACUACCAACCAGGUUUCUAUUCAUUCUCCUUGGGCCGAAAACUAAGGCAAUGGCUUAUCAUCAAAUUGGGAGAGCUGUUGCAACUCUGCUUACUGAUGAGUUAUUCCACAUUGUGGCAUUCAAGGCAAAAUUGAGGGAAGACCUACUGGCUGGAAUUGACGAGUUCCUUGAUGAGGUAACUGUGCUGCCUCCAGGGAAGUGGGAUCCCACUUUACGGAUAGCACCACCAAAGAUACUUCCAUCGCCACACAAACGAAAAUCUGUGUAUUCUCGCAGUUCUAAUGUUCACAUGCAGAAAGGAAAUCAUAUCCAGCAUGAAGAGAGGUAUGGGAGUAAUCUGCACGUUGCUGAAGAUUUGAAGAGAACAGGAAAGUUAUUUGGGGGAUUGGUUAAUGACAUCAAAAGAAAAGCACCUUGGUUUGCCAGUGACUUUUACGAUGCUCUGAACCUCCAGUGUCUGUCAGCUGUGCUGUUUAUCUAUUUGGCCAGUGUAACAAAUGCAAUUACAUUUGGAGGAAUCUUGGGUGAUGCAACUGACAACAUGCAGGGAGUCCUAGAAAGCUUCCUUGGAACUGCUAUUGCUGGAACAGUAUUUUGUCUCUUUGCUGGCCAACCAUUAACAGUUCUUGGCAGCACUGGCCCUGUGUUGGUAUUUGAGCGACUCCUCUACAAUAUUAGCAGUGACUAUCAACUUGACUAUUUGGAAUUCCGACUGUGGAUUGGAAUAUGGACAGCAUUCUUUUGUCUCGUUCUGGUUGCCACAGAUGCCAGCUACCUAAUUCAAUAUUUUACACGUUUCACUGAGGAAGGUUUCUGCACACUGAUCAGCUUCAUUUUCAUCCAUGAUGCUUUUCAGAAAAUGUUUAAUUUGGCAAAGAAUUAUCCAAUCAAUUCUGAUUUUAACAUCGACCAUGUUACUCUUGAUCAUUGCUUGUGUCUUCCCAUUGAAGCAGAAAAUGUUUCCAGUCUGUUUAAUGAAACAACUGAGGCACACUUUAAACUCAUCACUGCCAUCUAUAAUACAACACCCAAUGCAGAAUCUGUCAACUGGUCUUCACUUACAAAGAAAGACUGUUUGAAGCUUGGAGGACAGCUUGUGGGCAAAACCUGUGAUUAUAUUCCAGACAUUACACUCAUUUCCUUUAUUCUUUUCUUUGGUACAUUUGUUUGUUCCAUGUCGCUGAAGAACUUUAAAACAAGCAGAUACUUCCCAUUUGCAUUCAGGAAACUAAUCAGUGAUUUUUCCAUCAUCCUGUCGAUACUGAUCUUCUGUGGAGUUGAUAUCCUCGUUGGUGUGGAUACCCCAAAACUCAUUGUGCCAAGUGAGCUCAAGCCAACGAACCCACACAGAGGGUGGUUUGUGUAUCCAUUUGGUGGGAAUGAAUGGUGGAUGUGCCUCAUUGCAAUGGUACCAGCUUUACUGGUCACUAUACUUAUCUUUAUGGACCAGCAGAUUACUGCUCUCAUCCUGAACCGCAAGGAACAUAAACUCAAGAAAGGUGCUGGCUUUCACCUAGACCUGUUCUGGAUAGCUAUCCUUAUGAUCCUUACUUCAUUCAUGGGUCUGCCCUGGUACGUGUCCGCAACUGUAAUAUCCCUUGCACACAUAGACAGCUUGAAAAUGGAGACUGCAAAAUCUGCCCCAGGUGUAGAGCCCACAUUUAUGGGAGUGAGAGAACAGAGAGUGACUGGGCUGCUUGUUUUCAUCCUCAUUGGCUUAUCACUCUGUUUGGCUCCAAUUCUUAAGUAUAUCCCAUUGCCAGUCCUGUUUGGAAUCUUUCUGUACAUGGGCGUGUCCGCUCUCAGCAGUGUUCAGUUCAUGGAUAGAUUGAAAUUGCUGUUGACGCCUGCUAAACACCAGCCUGACUUAAUGUAUUUACGCCAUGUUCCAUUGCGCCGGGUCCACCUUUUCACGUUGCUUCAGAUCUUGUGUCUGGUUCUGCUGUGGGUUUUGAAAUCAACAGUUGCUGCAAUCAUAUUUCCAGUUAUGCUCCUCGCAUUAGUAUGGGUACGGAAGGCAAUGGAGUGCAUCUUCUCAAAACAUGACCUAAGCUGGCUUGAUGGUACAAUGCCCGAGAAAGAGAACAAAGUACUGGAAGAUAAGAAGGCAGAGAAAGCAGUUUCAAGCAAUGAAAGUGAAGACUCUGAAUACCUGUACUUACAAAAAGGUCGUGAUAUAAAUAUCUCUGUGAAUUGAAGAAAAAGAUGGUGAGUACUCUGAAGAGUGAAGGCACAGUGAAAGGCAAGCUCAAUGUUGAUAUCGAGAAGAAAACUCUGGAAGAAGUAAAAGAGGAUUGUUUUGGUUUGACAACAUAAACUAACUUCUCAUUACACUGUACACAAAAAUGACUCUUCAUUAUUCCUUUGAGUUGAAA